UGAGUUUAACUCUUUAGAGGUGAGUUUGCAGUGCGUGGGAAAGUUGUCGGUAGUAAGUGUGCCACGUCUGCUAGGAAGGAAGAGUCAUGAACUUGCCAGAGGCCGUUGUCCUUAAGCCUUCAACUACAUUCUUAACUCUAUGAGGUCCAAGGCCCUUACUUUGUUUUUGUAGGAACUUCUUUCCUGCUCCAGCAACAUGAGACUUUUCUUGUGGAACUCGGCCCUGGCGCUAUUGGUCUCCUCUUUGAGUGGGGCUAUGAUCCCUGAGCCAGAAGUGAAGAUCGAAGUACUCCAGAAGCCUUUCAUCUGCCAUCGCAGGACCAAAGGAGGGGAUUUGAUGCUAGUCCACUAUGAAGGCUACUUAGAAAAGGACGGCUCUUUAUUUCACUCCACUCACAAACAUAACAAUGGUCAGCCCGUUUGGUUUACGCUGGGCAUCCUGGAGGCUCUCAGAGGCUGGGACCAGGGCUUGAGGGAUAUGUGUGUAGGAGAGAAGAGAAAGCUCAUCAUUCCUCCCGCCCUGGGCUAUGGAAAAGAAGGAAAAGGUAAAAUUCCCCCAGAGAGUACACUGAUAUUUAACAUUGAUCUCCUGGAGAUUCGAAAUGGACCAAGAUCCCAUGAAUCAUUCCAGGAGAUGGAUCUUAACGAUGACUGGAAACUGUCUAAAGAUGAGGUUAAAGUGUAUUUAAAGAAGGAGUUUGAAAAGCAUGGUGCAGUGGUGAAUGAGAGUCAUCAUGAUGUUUUGGUGGAGGAUAUUUUUGAUAAAGAAGAUGAAGACAAAGAUGGAUUUAUAUCUGCCAGAGAAUUCACAUAUAAACAUGAUGAGUUAUAGAAAUACAGCUGCCCAUUUUAUAGAGCAUUCAUCCUUAAAGAGAGAGCAACCAUCUUUAAAGAAAGGCUUAUUUUUUUUUUAACAUGGUUCUGUUCUUGCUUUUUUAUUUUUAUAUGUUUUCCUGAAUAUUGUCUGAAGAACCCCUUAGGGUUCCUAAGUUCCCACUUAUUUCUGGUGAGUUAUUGGGAAGAAAAAAUUUUUUUGUCUUUGAGUAGAAGACUUCUGGACCAUUUUCCACUUUCAAGUAGGAAGUCUUAUGUUUUACUUGCCUACUUGUAAUUUUAAAAUAUUGCAGCUGGGGGCAUGCCCAACAUCAAGCCAGGUAUAGCUCAAUUCAGCACUCUCUGUUUUUGCUUCCUUCUGUUUUCUCUAAAUUAGAUAUCGAGGAUGGAAAGCCUUUUGCAAUAGCUCAAGGCUUACUAUUUUCAUGUUAUAAUGAAACAAGGUAUCUGUAACUGCCUUUGAGUCUCUGCUUGAGGAAAGAGGAGAAUGGUGGUGUCACUCUACUUGUUAACAGUUACUUCUUUACUUGAGGAUAUGUGCAAUGCUGAAGUGAUUAACAAAGUUAGUAACUUAUAAAUGUGUAUACGUGCUGCCUAGGACUUAAGCUAUAUAAGGUUUGGUUCCUGAUGGCUACUGGCCUAUCAUAAUAAAUAGGACCAAUUGUUUAUUUGUUUGUUUCUUCUUAAUAAAAUGUGUCAAAAUAUUGCAGACCAGGUAGAGUCGUAUUUAGUCUGUGUUUACUUUUUAAGGCUAGUAGAUUACCCUUCCUGGUUUUUUAAGUUGAUAACUAGUGUAUUUUACUAUAAUAACAUUCUAUCAUAAAAGAAAUUGGUAAACCAAUCAAAAUUUUACCAUUUCUAGCUCAUCAGGAAAUAGGGCCGACCCACAGCAGCUGCUAUUGAGUAAGGUCUAUCCUGGUCAAAAAAUUGAUGAUUUUAUCAUAUUUUCUUGAAUUGGCUUUAUCCUUAAUACUUUUAAAAAGUGUCCAGUCUUCAUUUACUGAGAAGAGUCCUUUAUCGUUUACAAAGUGAUGUCAGAUUCACCAUUAACUUUGAUUCUUAUUGGUCAGAAGCCUAUGAAAAAAAGCUGGUGCAUCUUGAUGAACCUAUUUUAUAGGUGAGAGAAUUGUCAUUCAAAGAGAUUGAUUGUUGGGACCAAGAUCAACAGCUAAUAAAUGGAGCCAGAUUUCAGUCCCUGAGUCCAAUAUCUUUUUACUGCCCUCUACAAUUGAAAAGUAAAAUUUUUCUUUGAAUUCAUUGAGUCUUAUUUUCUCUUCAAUUUACUCUCCUCGCAGUCAACUCUGUUUUUUGUGUCUGCAUCCUUAUCCUUUGAAGACUCUUUACUGUCUAUUUUUGGUGCCUUAGACUUCUCCCCAUGAUCCAGAAAUGGCCCUGGUUUCAUUGAAUAAUCUUGGGGUUGGCACCGAAUUACUUCAAAAACCCUGUGAGGUUUCUAGUGUGUGUCUUAGUCCUUUCAUUCCUAUUUACCUCUGGAUUUUAAAAAGUGAAUUAUGAACAGUUAUUACAUCAUAUAUAGACUACUUUCACCAAUUAUAUAUUGACAUUUUCCUCACUAAAACAACGUUCUUGGGAAGAACAUAUAUAGCACCUUUACUGAUGAAAUCAGCUAUCUCUUGAAAACUCUUAAGUUAUCACUGCUGAUUUUCUCAACCUGGUGGAGUUAGAAGUCACAAUACAGAAAGCCUUAUGCUGAAUGAUGAGGGGAAAGGAAGUCGCUUGUCAUAUGGUGCUACUCUGUAUAAACUUUACUGACGAUGCUAUCUAUGGUGCAGCAUGAAAAGUAAAAAGAAUUUUGAUUAUUUAGGCAGCGUAUUUCUUUAUCUCAUGUGAAUUCAUAUCAAUUCCCAUCUAAACAUUUAGACACAAGUAUAGAAUGAAAACAUGUGACUAGGUUAUGGUUGUUUUUAAGUUAUCUGCCUUUUUGAUUUUGUUUUCCCUUUGCACCUUGUCAUUUGUGGGAAUAAUCAGACAUGAACUGUGACUUCACUUGUAUAUAAUUUGACUCACUAAUACUGCUAGAUGUGUCAUAUUUAAAUUUAUAGAACUAUGUUGUGUUAUUUUCAAAAUAAAGUUUAUUUGGGAAAUAA